UGUUGUAAUUUACUGGUAACCUACAAACAUAUGGAACCAGAGUCAUGCUUGUCUGAACACUGUUAAACUCCUGCUAGGUCCUGCUCUCCAUCCAUCUCCCUUCAGCGUUUGAAAAGCAACGCAAACAUCUGUAAAACAUUUCUUCUCUCUGAGAUAAGAUUUCCUCAUUCAGCUCGGGCGUGUAAAAACACAACAGUCUGGCCAGUGCUCAGAGCUGUGAGGGAGCUUUUGGUGAGGCUGCACCAGAAACCAGUUUCUCUACAGCGGAUUUAAAGUGUUUUUCCAAGAAUUAUGGAUGUUCAAAGGAUUUGCUUGAUGUUUUGCCUUCUCCUGCUGGCACACUGCACCUUCCAGCAGACAACAUCCUCCUCAAAGAGAAAAAAUGGCAAGAAAGACAAUGCUGCAAUUGAGGAGCUGAAGAAACAGAUCAAUGACAUUGUUCAAGAGCUGAAUUUGCUGAAAGAGCAGCAAGCUUUACAGACAGUUUGUCUGCGAGGCAUCAAAAUCCUUGGCAAGUGUUUCUUGGCUGACCCAGUGAAGAAGAACUUCCACGCAGCCAGUGAUGACUGCAUCGCCAAAGGUGGCAGCCUGAGCACUCCUCUGACAGGAGAUGAGAACGACCAGCUUUACAGUUACGUGCGUCAGAGCAUCGGCCCAGAGGAGCACGUAUGGCUGGGCGUCAAUGACAUGGUGACCGAUGGCCAGUGGGUGGACCAGUCAGGCUCUAAUGUGCGCUUCAAGAACUGGGAGACAGAGAUCACCCUGCAGCCAGACGGAGGGCGCAGCCAGAACUGCGCCAUCCUCUCCACCACAGCCAACGGGAAGUGGUUUGAUGAGAACUGCCGAGCUGAGAAAGCUUCUGUGUGUGAGUUCAACAUCGUCUGAGGGAUGUCCACUGACUUUAACAUCACUGUGCAGAUAUGAACAUUAAAGUGCUUGCAGAAAAGAAUGACAUAUGUAGAGUAUCAGGUACACUCAUGUAAUAUAUUGAAAAAGUAAUACUGUGCAUGUUUUUUUUAACCUCACAUUUUCUUGAGCAAGUCAUUCAGAUGUCGGUUCACAGUGGGGUGGGGUACAGUAUGUCUUUGCAUAAGCUAAACUCAUUGAGACAACAACACCUCUCAAAUUCUCCAGCAAACUCUUAUAGCAUAUUCAUGAAGGUAAACACCACUGGAUGGCUUGUUUUUGUUCUACCUUUCACUGAAGAGCAUUAUGCCUUAAAGCUGCUCAUGUUAUAUUGUAUAAUGUUAAUAAACGUGUCUUCUCAGUUGUAA